CGUUCGGCAGUCGGCUCCUGAUUGCUGCAGCUGGCUCGUAUGCGCGCUCGGCUGGCUUCACGGCGAAGCAGAUCCGUUAGUUAGAAUUUACAGCCACCCCGGCUCGUUGCGAGCAGCCUUUUCUUCGUCCAAUGCAGGCUAUAAAGUGCGUGGUUGUGGGCGAUGGCGCUGUGGGUAAAACCUGCCUACUCAUCAGUUAUACCACCAAUGCCUUCCCUGGUGAAUACAUCCCCACCGUCUUUGACAACUACUCUGCUAAUGUGAUGGUAGAUGGGAAGCCUGUAAACCUGGGAUUGUGGGAUACUGCUGGCCAAGAGGAUUACGACCGACUCCGACCUCUUUCUUAUCCACAGACGGAUGUGUUCUUGAUAUGCUUUUCCCUAGUAAGCCCAGCUUCCUUUGAAAAUGUCAGAGCAAAGUGGUAUCCAGAGGUGCGGCAUCAUUGCCCAAAUACGCCCAUCAUAUUAGUAGGGACAAAGCUGGAUUUGCGGGAUGAUAAAGAUACCAUUGAGCGUCUCCGUGAUAAGAAAUUGGCGCCCAUCACUUAUCCACAAGGACUUGCCAUGGCUAGAGAGAUUGGGGCUGUGAAGUAUUUGGAGUGUUCGGCUCUCACCCAGCGGGGCUUGAAAACCGUCUUUGACGAAGCAAUCCGGGCUGUACUGUGUCCACCGCCAGUCAAGAAACGCGGAAAGAAAUGCACUGUGUUUUGAGGGAAGACAAACGGCCGCCUUCUCAGGAAAAGUAAUGUUGAAUGGGGUUGAGGGGACAACAACAAAAAAAAAAUCCACAAAAUAUACGUGAAUAGAUGAUGUUUUGUUUGCUUUUACUUGUAAUUCAUGAGUAUGUAUGAGUAUGGACAAGAGGGGAGAUGGGAAAAAAAAGAUGGUGGGGGGGCCACCAGAGUGCAGUGGCUCUAUACAGAGAGAAAACUCUGGGGGUCGUCUUUGUGUUUGUGAAAGGAAAAUAUAGGAAAUGUCUUUGUAUAAAUUGCAUGGAAGUAAAUAUCAAAAGGAACAGAAAUGAACAUAUGUCAAAUGUUAAAAAAAAAAAACAAAUACUAUUUUUAUUAAUUCUAAUUUAAAUUGCCACUUGCUGAUCCGGUCAAGUGUGAAGAGUGCCGCCCCUUUAUUCUUCCAAAAUGUUACUCCCUGAAAUCUCGUUUUGAUGACAGUGUUACAGAGGGAGCUUGGUAGCAAACAAUGAAAGUGUUACUCCUCUUCCGUAUUUGCUAGUUUGCCUAGAUUUGGGUUUUUUUGGUGAAGUUACAUUGAAAUAAAGAGGGACAGCCACGCGAGCCGAUGCCUAACGGUGGUGACGAGUAGUGCGUUUAUGUAAGAUAGGAACAUUCAUUUGUGUCUUUUUUUUUUUGCGUUUCAGUUUGUUUUUACAUUUCCGAACUGACGUCUCUUGUAUGGUACGUUUUCUUUAUUACUCUGACAAAAUAAAUAGGCAGGCGUAUCUAAAAUUCCGACUGGACGUUUUGUUAAAUUCUUUUCUGUGUAAAUUAGCGUUGUGUCAACACACACACUUCAACGCAGCUUUCUUCUUUCUUGCAUUUACUUUUGUCCUUAAAACGUUUGUAAAGUGACUCCUGGUAGGUCGGUCUGCCAAUUAUAUGUGAACAGUGAUGUUAAUAAAGGGCUUAAAAGAUAGGAGGCCUUGUUGCCAGUAAUGGUCAUCCGCACCCAGUAAAGGCGAACCGCGUUUAUCAAAGACUGAGCUCUCGUGAGAUCGCUUCGGCCAUAUUGACUUUGGGCAUCCCUUCAAGUGUGUCAUUUUGAUUAAUGUAUGUUCAGUAAAUCCCCCCCCUAUUGCCCCACGGCUGUUCUGAAUUACUGCCACAUGCUGUCUGAGACAUUUAAGGGUGCCCAUGAUUUUAAAUUAGAAACGUGGACAGAGGCAUUCAUGUAGUUAACAUGCAAGCGAAUACGAUGAGAGGAUAGAGAAGCACAAAGCAAUUCAUCAGUCGGAGCUGAGAUCCGUUUACCAGUGCAGACGUUUCCCACCUUCACGCUGUCCAUUCGCUGCUCUGGUCAUCGAAGCCUCACAAGUUGGUAAAUGCAAAUCUCACCGCUUCUUAACCUGAAGAAAAAGAAGAAUUUCACUUCUAAAAAAUGCCCGAUUAAAGUCUGUCAGAACUUGCCAGCAAUUUCAAACAAACAAACAGCCCAGGCUUUUCUUAUCCUGACAGGGGAAGGGGCAGUGUGGGGUUUGGGUACUGCGUGGUAAGGGGUGCUGUGCCAGAUGGCGUGUGAGCAACUCGUAGCACUAAUUACAGUUGGUGAGGUGCUUACACCUGAAUGGAGUUUGUGUCGAUGUGCAUCUGUAAAGGGGAGAAAAAACAAACAAACUUAAGGUUAUUACCACCCUGAAAAGAAAAGAAACAGAGACAAUGCUUCAGCUGUAAAGUCUUCAUCAGUCAUGGCACCUUCUGAAGGCUCAACACUUUGUGUCUUUUACCUUCUUUUCAGCCUUGUCCUUUACGCUUGAAUAGUUCAAAAUACAAAACUGGUAUGUCAAGUGUCCAAUGUAGCCUACCAAGUGUUGUUUCUGAUCCAGACUUGCUGCUGACCAGCUCAGUGCCAUCAGUUUCAGCAGCUGGCACACACACAUCAGGCCAAUGCUCGAAAGAACAAGUCUCCUCACGCAGUUGGCAUAGAUGGUCAGAAUUCCAGCAUUCACACAAACUUCUUUGGUAAAGACCCUUUGUUGUGGCGUGUGAGUGGGCAGUUUUUGUCAUGCGUUCUUCACAAAGCCUGAGCAGAAUAGGAUGUUGUAUUUCCUGUCUGCCUUUGACAAAAUAGAACAUGAGGUCUCGUGGGAGGACUGGAGUUCAAGGUUGGUCCGUGACUGCGUUUAUUUGGAUUUGAGCUAUGCCAGGCACAUCGAGGUGUCAGUUCAUUUAGCUGUCUCCAUGCUGCCUUCUGUGUGUGUUCUCUGGGGGCUUCUCAUUCUGCUUGCAAUUCUGACUUUAGUCCUCCUUCUCUGUGCCGUUAGUGAUGCACCCCAGUGGUGUCCCCAUCUAGAAUGAGUUCAUAUCGCCCAUGGUGACUCAACAUAUGAAGUUUUGGAGUGGAGUGUAAAGCAUCAGAAUUUAAAAAAGGUGCCCAGGAUGUUGGACGAGGCCGUAUCGCUGGCACCUCAAGCCCAUGACUGUGUUUGUAGAGGGUGAGUGGCACAAGGCCCAAGAACAAUGUGCAGGAGGCUGUAAAGACUUAACACAGUAAGGCCUGGCUGUUGGUAAACUGAGUGAGUUGCUGGGAGUUUCUAGAAGGUGUGAACAAUCAGGACCGUGUACGGGGGGCACAGAGACCUCCUCAUCUCGCCUCAUUCUCGGCAGCUUCUCCAAUACCCUUCCAGAAAAUAAUAUGGUCAGCACUAGAUUGUGGAGUUUAAAGCCAGUUGUGGAUACACAGAGCCCAUGUUACCAGAAAGGUGACAGCACGGCCACGGCAUUGUAUUUGUGUUUCUAACCCGAUUUUUCUCUCAUUUUGAGUAAUUCACAGUAGAUUAUUGUUGUUGUGAGAGAGGAUGCAAAGAUGGAAACUGAGUGGAGAAGGCAAGUCACAGCAACGGGCAAAGCUGACAUUUCAGUUCAUUUUGUUGCAGUGACACAGUAAACCUCAGUUUGGGGUUUUUGGAGUAGCAAAGGUGCCCAGGAUUAUCAUUACUGGCUGGCAGGAGAGCAAAAAACAAAACUUGUAUCUGAUGGGUAUACAAAGGAAUUGCAAAACACGAGGUACAUUUAGGGUGUUUAAAUUGCUGGCAAAAAUCUAGGAAUAAAGCAUAUUGGGGUGUAGGUGUACAAUUCUACAAAUCUGCAAUUUUAGAAACGUUUACAUGAAUAACACUUUCUAUCUGCAGUAUUUUAUAAACAGUCCAAAAAGAGGAAAAGCCAAAAAAAAAGCUCUGAGAGUCGAGUGUGCUCGGCACCUUUCAAAAUUCACAAAGUGACGGCAUAAAUAUCAAAUCAUGGGGACUCUAAGCGCAGGGCACCCACCUCUCGUUACUUUUAGCCAGGGUCCUUCACGUCAAGACAGUUGAGCUUGGUGGUUGAGUAGAGUGAGAUGUGUACUUGGCGUGGACUGUAGAGGUGUUUUGCUAAAUUUUUCUAAACUGAAAUUUAUUUUUUACUUGGCUGGCUCUCAUUAAGUCUUGGAUACCAAAAUAUGCUGCCACAAAAGUGUGUGUCGGAAAAAAACGCCGGAGGAGCACGGAAUAUGUGUAUUCAUGUAGAGUCCUGAUCAGUGGCAUCAGGGCGGGCACUGGAGCUUGUGAGAAGAAGCUUGUUGUGCAGCCAGGGUACCAAACAGGCUGCCAUGGUGAGGGCUGGGUUUUGGGUUUUGUUUGCCUCCAGCAUUAUUAAUAAAGCUCCACACACACUGGGCCACAGGGAGGUGACAGUCCCAGCAGGUAGUGACAAGUACGCCUAUGAAAAGGCGUCGGCCACUUGGAAGCUUUCCUGUUUUAUUGUUGUGUGACAUUCAAUCAGAGUGGAUUUACAUUGGCUUAUUUGACAGAAAAGUCUUUAAUCUCAAACUGAACUGAUCUUGAGUUUAAUUAAUGAUGAAUAUAAAACACCCAAUACUGAGACUCAAGUUUUCACUUCCAUCAAAUUAGCCUUUAGUACAUGGCAGUCGUGACCGCCUUCAGUCUCCGUCUCUCUCAGCUUUGCACAUCUGCCAUUUCCCAUCCACUCGUCCUUUUUAAAUUGCUCAGGCUCUGUCAGGAGUCACGUUGCUCAUGCCUUUGUUAAGUCCUACCACAAAUUGUCCAUUGGAUUGAGCGCUGUUCUCUACCUCGGCCACUCCAAGACAUUCACAUGGUGGUUUUCAAGCUGUUCUUGUGUAGCUUUGCCUUUGUGCUUGUUAUCUCCAGGAUUUUCUUUAUUUUCAUGUUAGCCUCGCCAAGACGUCCAGAACCUUCUGUGUUAAUAAUGAUUAAUAAUGAUCAGUGUUUAAAUGUGACUUUUUCAGUCUGGCAGCCAAAACCCUCCAUGUUGGUCUCACCAGAGCUUGUCACGCUUUCCUACUCCUCCGAUGUCAGUUGGUGGUCACUGUCACUCUCUUUGUUGGAGAGCAUUAUGCAGAUUUCUAGCCGUGCCACUCUUUCCAUUUUUGAUUCAGUGUUUCAUUGAAGUGGAUUAUUCAGUGAUGUGGAUGUUUUCUUGUCUCUCUCCCCUGACUUGUGCUUUUCAUCCAGUUGCUUAUUCUAUUCUCUUGUCUUUAUUGUGCAGGUCAGGCCACCAUACAGACUUGCACAAGGUGACCCUUCCACAUUCAGGGGAGUUUACUUUGCAAUUAUCUUUAACCCCAGCCCAGUGGUCUACACUGAACCAAUUCUGGUCUGUGUCUUCCACUUAUAAUCUUAGAGGUGUCAUAUUAACAUCUUACGGGAUUCAUUAUUUAGUGUUUAAUUUUAAAGUGAAAACAGAUCCCUACAAAGUGAUCUAAAUUAAUUACAAAUAUUAGUCUUUUUCUAUUAAUAAGCCAAAAUGAAAUCCACUGUGAUUCAAUGUUGUAUAACAAACAAAUGUGACAGCAGGGUGUGAAUACACUUUAUAGGCGCUAUAUAAAACGUCCCGGCUGGUGUAGUCAAUAAUCCUUUAGCUGCUCUUCUACUAAUGCCUUGCUCUGAUUAGAGGAGCCCCUAAACUCUGAUACCCAUUAGUUGUGCCCACCGCUACCCUGGCCUCAAAGUGUGCAUAUAGGUGGGCAGAUGAAAGCACAUACCUUACAUGUAACAAAUGCCCUGUUAAAACUCACUGCAGCAUCCCAUGUAGAUAAUAAAGAGAAUCCACAUCCACACAGUUCAGUUCUGCAAGAAGCAGCCAUACAUUUACAUUUUUUAUACGUUAAAAGAAAUGUUUCUUUGUUGUGUUGUAUGAUGUGCUCUUGUGUUCAGAGCACCAUGUCAUUGGUGAUGCGAGUUGAAUAUCAUCUGCUACAAUUCUUCCUCCUUUAGGAUCUGCUGAAUGGGCAUUUAUCCACUUGGAAAACAAUUGUUUUAAGAUAUGUAAACUCCGUUUCUCCGCUAUCCAGCAGUCCACAGACUGAGCGUCUGGUAUUCUUUAGUCGUCUCCCACUUGAGAGUAAAAUGCUUAGCGCCCUUUGCUGGUUAAACCCACACACACACACACACACACACACACCCCUCACAGCAUGUGUCGGCCGUGUGAGGAGCAAAUUCCCUGGAGCAUGUUCUGGAAAAAUGCAUUUAAAAAAGAGAGAGAGAGGGAGAUGGCUGUUGAUUUCUCCAAAUGUUAUUCAGUUGCAUGGAAUCUGUUUGAAACCUGUGGAUUGAGUCUGGUCUUGUCAGUGAAAUCUCAUUCAUCUUCUCUGUGUAUAUGAUGAUGUUUUAAAAUUGCUCCAGAUGCGCUUGUAUAAUUUUUUUUUUAUUAACUAUUAUUCAUGUCAUAAAAAGCAUUGCAAAUGAAGCAUUUUGUAUAAUAAAUAUGGACUUAUGACUAA